UUCUAUCAUUCAGUCAGCACUGCUUUCAUUUCUAAAUCUGAAAGUAUAAAGUUAGCUCUCGGCUCAACAUUUGUACUAGCUAGCAAUGUCCGAAAUCAAGAGCAUAAUUUGGCCUAAAGUCAUUUUAUUUGGCGACUCAAUCACACAGUUUUCAUUCCAACCUAAUGGAUGGGGUUCCGAAAUUGCAAAUCAACUAGCCAGAAAAUGUGACGUUGUGAACAGAGGGUUGUCAGGCUACAACUCCAGGUGGGCAAAGAUUGUCUUGCCUUGCCUCAUCUCCAAGGAAAGUGCUUCAAGCAACCACAUAGCUGCUGUCACGGUCUUCUUUGGUGCCAACGACUGUGCUCUAGAAGAUAAGAACCCACAGCAGCACAUCCCAUUGCAGGAGUACUCCGAGAACCUGAAGGACAUUGUCAAACACAUAGUGUCUGUGGGUGUGUCUGCAGACAAGGUCAUCUUCAUCACUCCUCCACCUCUGCAUGAGCCAGCCUGGGAGAAGGAGUGUGUCCUGAAAGGUAGUGCUCUGAACCGUCUCAACUCUGUGGCUGGCCAGUAUGCCCAGGCCUGUGUGCAGGCUGCAGGUCAGUGUGGGGCAGACGUGCUGGACCUCUGGACUCUCAUGCAGAAAGAUGGACAGGACUUCACAAGCUACCUCUCAGACGGGCUCCAUCUCUCUGAGAAGGGGAACCAGUUUGUGUCACAGCAUCUGUGGAUGCUGUUGAAGAGCAGGGUGGAGGAGUUGCCCUUCAUCCUGCCUUACUGGGGCGACGUAGACCCUAAACAGCCAGAGAGCGGUCUACUGUGACUGACGGCCCUCAGGUCCACCCUUCCACACAGUUAUGUCCACUGAUCGGCUACGGUAAUGGGAUGACACUGAAAGGGGUUGGAAUCAGUCCUCGUUCCAUAAGACUGAAAUAAAUGAAACCAUGAUAUGA